AUGCGGUGGCUUUCUGAUGAUGACAAGCAGAAUGAUGAGGGCGCAAUCAACCUGAAGCAGCGUCCUGUGUUGGUUGCUGCAUCAAUAGGAAGCUAUGGAGCAUAUCUAGCAGAUGGUUCUGAGUACAGUGGAAACUAUGGCCAAGAAAUUACUGUGGAAAUCGUCAAAGAUUUUCACAGGAGAAGGCUUGAGGUUCUUUCUGAAGCUGGAGCUGAUAUAAUUGCUUUUGAAACAAUUCCAAAUAAACUUGAAGCUCAAGCAUAUGUUGAACUUCUUUUGGAGUGUGACACAAAAAUUUCAGCUUGGUUUUCUUUCACUUCGAAGGAUGGGAUCAAUGUUGUUAGUGGAGAUUCUAUGGCUGAAUGUGUUUCUCUGGCUGAUUCAUGCAACAAAGUCGUUGCUAUUGGAAUCAACUGCACUGCACCUAGAUUCAUCCACAAUUUAAUUCUCUCUAUUAAGAAGCUUAAUGCUCAAUUAAGAAGGAAUCCAUCAUUGAUACAAAAUUUGACAACUUAUUGA